GCCGUUUCAUCGGAUACUGUUUUCGUUUCACACUUUGCACAGUAGCCCCCUUUGCUUUGCCUCCCCUCCCCCUCUUUCUGCUUUCUCCUCAGCUAGCAUUCCUUUCACGCUCAGGCUUGUUUUAUCAAUUUCUUUUGCAUACUUUCCAGUAUUCAAAUGUCCGUUGGCUGGUUUUACGAUAUAAACGUCUCCUUUCCUCUUUCUGAAGUCUAUGUUCUCCAGGUUGUCAUGCUUCGCUUAAAUGUGCAUAAAUACGCGAACUCUAAUCAUCGCAGGUCACAAUCAAUACAGUUCACGAAAGUUUCCCCGUAAGUUCGUUAAACUUACUUCGAUUGCGAAAAAUCUGACGCUUGUUGUUCAUUCACAGCUGAUCAGAUCAGCUCGUGACGCUAAGCACUACGAUAAGGAAACGCUGUUCGCAGGAGGGAUGAAAAGGAUUACCGAACAUAGGUUGGUUCGCGACCUUAUAAGACGAAACAGAGCCGAGUUGGCAAAGAUCGAAGGAGAGAUCGAAAUCUGGAAACGAACAUACAGCGAGUCGGUGAAGAUGUUAAAGCAAUUGUCAAUACAGGAAAACAAUCUGACUGCCGAAUUGAAAGAUACUCUGCGUUUACGCUCUAAUCGUUCCCGAAAACACAGAUCGGAAAUAAUGAAACGAACGUGUGUAGCGCAUGUAGUUCAGAACAAUAGUCAAGAAUCGUCGCUCCGUGAGACAAGUUCGGAAAAUAGCAGGUUACCAACUUAUCCGGCUUUGUAA